AUGGAUGAAGGUGGCGGUGGUGUUGGUGUGGUUCUCGGCCGAGAGAGAGGGAGAGAGAAGGAGGUGAGUGGUGUUGUGAAGUAUGGCUAUAAAACCGAACCCUUUGAUCACCAUCUCGACACCCUCAUAAAUCUGCACUCCCGACACCCUCCCACACACUCAAACUCUCCGCUCAUUACCACGCCCUUUCGUACCUCUCACACACUCAUCGGAGAUUCUGAGAAGACAAACGGAGAACACGCCGUCGCCGGAGAAGACGACCGGAGGUCCGACGGAAACCUCGACACUCCUUCUGUUUCGGUUAGUCGCUCUCGUUCGUUCUUUUGGAUUUCUCCAAUCUUUACUCGUGCGCUUUUACAAGAAAUCGCAACGCAAUCAAUGUUGAUUGAUCAAGAUUCAAGAUAACAAGCUAGGAUGGCAUUAGAAACCCAUUUUAGCAAUUAAUUAAUGUUUGGAUUUAUGUUUGAAUAUUUGAGACUUUGUACUACUUUUCUA